AUGAAGCUGUGGCAGGUUGCCAACGUUCUGUUCAUAAGGGCCAUUGUUCGUUCACCAGACAGUAAGAAAAUGAGCUUGAUGGCGAGAUGCAGUGGAUGCUACGCAGGCAAAGCAAACAGAUUGGGGCCACGGACUGUGAAGUCCUUGAUUUCAGGGAAGGAGUGCUUGGAAAUCGAUGCGGAUAGUUACAUGGACCUAGACUUAUCAAGGAACUCAGAUGAAAAUCAAGACAUCUUCAGCGCUUCUAAAGGAUCGGGUGGUCAUUCAAAUGACUCUAAAGUCCCUGAUUGUGAAAGAUUGCCCAUAAUCACCUCAGGCACAUCAGCAUAUGUGGAGAUGGCUAGAAUUAUGGGGUUCUUCCAGUGCGAUGACCGAGAAAUAACGACAAACAUGCUGCUUGAAGCCAUUAUGACAUGUAAUAUCGCGAAUGAGCAUGCGACAUCUGGGCCAGAGCUCAUACUCGAUCACUUUGGCCUAAAGGCUGAGCCAUUUAACUCAACAUCAGCGCUUCGAGAAAAAUUGCUCAACACCUGGCAACAAUACGAUUUAGAAGACCUGACAAUAAAGCUGGUUCAAGGUUUCCGCAUUCCAAGUAUCAAUACCGAUGCACGAAUGAUGCUGAGGUUGAGGCCAGGAAUGACUGAUAUAUGCUUAGACGAGAGAGUUGAAGGCGUUUCACAUGAUCAUACGAAUCUCGAACUGGAUACAGACUGUUUACAUAGCUACCCUAACCUCGUGGAUGCUAUGGAGCAAAACGGUAAAUUUAAUAACGAACAACUCAUGUCCAGCCAUGUUAAUGGCAAUUUGAUAGCAGACAAUUACAAUUGUAAUACAGAGACAAUAAUAGCCACUUCUGACUCAUUACCAAAUAACCUAUGCCAGGAAACAAUGGGGUUGGCUCUUUCGGUGGAAGUGCGCUCAGGAUAUGACCAAGUCUUCGACGGAAUUUCUUUUCCAGGGCAGCCGAUUGGAGUCAAUGUUCACUCCCGCAAGAUUUCCAUUUGUGGAUUAGCUCAGAGUUGGUAG